AUGGGAGCUCGCUUUCUGAUAUUCUUGUUGAGCUUAGUAUGUAUAGUUCUGAGCUCUAGGGUUUCACCUAAAGCUUUUCGUAACAGAUAUAAUCUUCGUGGGUGCUACAAGCAAAAUCCUGAACGUACUGAGCAUAGAUUGACUCGCCGCAUCUAUGAGAAGGCUGGAUUCGAUAAGGAUGAUCUUCCUCGUUCUUGGGACUGGCGUAAUGUUAGAGGAAUAAACUAUGCAUCAGCUGAUAGAAACCAACAUAUUCCAGUAUACUGUGGAUCUUGCUGGGCAUUUGGAGCUACCUCAGCCUUGGCUGAUCGUAUCAACAUUAAGCGCAAGAAUGCUUGGCCACAAGCUUACUUGUCUGUUCAAGAAGUAAUUGAUUGCUCUGGAGCCGGAACAUGCAUUGAAGGAGGAGAACCACUUGGAGUAUACAAAUACGCUCAUGAACAUGGAAUCCCUCACGAGACUUGUAAUAACUACCAGGCUAGAGACGGAAAGUGUAAUCCAUACAACCGUUGUGGAUCUUGCUGGCCAGGAGAAUGCUUCUCUGUUUCCAACUACACUCUUUACAAAGUAGGGGAAUACGGAACUGUUAGCGGAUAUGAAAAGAUGAAAGCCGAAAUCUACCAUCACGGACCAAUUGCUUGUGGUAUUGCAGCUACCAAGGCUUUCGAGACUUAUGCUGGUGGCGUUUACAAGGAGGAAACCGAUGAGGAAAUCGAUCACAUUAUUUCUGUCCACGGAUGGGGUGUUGAUCAUGAUACCGGAGUCGAAUACUGGAUCGGAAGAAACUCAUGGGGACAACCAUGGGGAGAGCUCGGAUGGUUCAAAGUCGUUACUUCUCAAUAUAAAAAUGCCGGAAGCAAAUACAACUUGAAGAUCGAAGAAGACUGCGUUUUCGCUGACCCCAUCGUUUAA